CUCGACCUGUCCGUCUGUGAUAUGGAGAAGGGAGGAAAAAUGCUGUGAUGUAAACAGGCACAUUUACAGACGAGGUCCUUUUGCGAAGCUAAUCCACUUAAUUCUCGUCAAAGUUGCAAGUGGACUUUGGCUGGCCCUGGGCCACCGAUUUCUAGAUGUAAUGGGUCUAUGUCUUGAUAAAUUGAGAUUGUCCUUGUUUAUGGGGACAGGUUUUUUUCACUUACUCCUGCAGGACACAGACGACAAUUACAGGGUCUUUAUAGCAUGUUAAAAAGAGAUUCAGUGACCUCAAUUUAAGCCCAAUUCCCUCCAGUUCGCUGUCUAUUUUUCACGAAUUGCCGUCUUCCAAUAAUCUUGUUAUGAAACCUGAUAUGCUUGCAUUGACUAGCGCACUCAAUUGAUGUCGGCACUUGACAAUGACAGAUAUGCGCAGUUUACUUGCUCAAGCUUUCAAGUCAGCUUCCUUGAAGCAAUGUCAGGCUUUGCAGAGCAAUGCUCGUCUGAUCAGAACAUUUGCUCCCUUGCUAGCAGCUGAAGCCAAACGCUCCUUUGAGAGAGGAAAGCCGCAUGUAAACAUAGGAACCAUUGGUCAUGUUGACCAUGGCAAGACCACCCUCACAGCGGCCAUCACCAAAGUUCUUGCUGAGGAAGGCAAGUCUGAAUUCCACAAGUAUGAUGAGAUCGACAAAGCACCAGAGGAGAAGAAGAGAGGUAUCACAAUCAAUGCAGCUCACAUAGAAUAUGAAACAGAGGGCAGGCAUUACGCUCACACUGAUUGUCCGGGGCAUGCAGAUUACAUCAAGAAUAUGAUUACUGGAGCUGCCCAGAUGGAAGGUGCUAUAUUGGUUGUUGCAGCAACUGAUGGCCAGAUGCCUCAGACAAGAGAACAUCUCCUUCUUGCCAAACAGAUUGGUGUUGAUAAAAUAGUUGUUUAUAUCAACAAGGCUGAUGUUGUAGACAAUGAGAUGUUGGAGCUUGUGGAGCUUGAGAUGAGGGAUGUUUUGAGUGAGUUUGGGUAUGAUGGAGAGGAAACACCCAUCGUCAUCGGCUCAGCUCUUAAUGUACUAGAGGAUAAGAACCCAGAGCUUGGGAAAGAAUCCAUCAAGAAGUUAAUGGAAGCUGUGGAUAGCUGGAUUCCACUACCUCUCAGAGAACUAGAAAAACCAUUCAUGAUGCCUGUUGAAGCAGUCUAUUCUAUUCCAGGUCGUGGUACUGUUGUAUCUGGUCGUGUUGAGAGGGGCGUUAUCAAGAAGAGUGAAGAAGUAGAAUUCGUUGGUCACAAUGCUAGAGUCAAAUCAGUUGUAACAGGUCUUGAGAUGUUUCAUAAGACAUUAGACCAGGGUGAAGCUGGAGACCAGAUGGGGGCUCUAGUCAGGAACGUGAAACGAGACGAGAUCAGGAGGGGUAUGGUCAUGUGCAAACCAGGGGCAUUAUCUCCUCAUAAUAGAUUUACUGCACAGGUUUACAUUCUAAGUAAAGAUGAAGGAGGAAGACACAAGCCAUUCACAAGCAAUUUCACACCCGUUAUGUAUUCCUAUACAUGGGAUGCUGCAGCUAGGAUAACUCUACCAGAGGGCAAGGAGAUGGUCAUGCCUGGAGAGGAUACCUCUUUGGAGAUCGGCCUCAAGAAGCCUAUGGUGUCAGAGGUCGGUCAACGCUUUACGUUACGAGACGGACGCAUCACGCUUGGCACGGGAGUCAUCACCAAAAUCCUCCCUAACGUUGAGACCGAAGUCUAAUCAUCACCAAAUAACAGUCCACCUUGCAUGUGCAAGUCAAAUCUACCAUGACCUAUGAAAUAAUUUCAUGUAGGACAAGUUUGAUAUGCAUAGGUUAAGAACAAAAGACAUUUGAGAAAUGGGGAUCUUUGGGUUACCCAAGUAUGAUGCAGUUUUUGAUAUCUGAAAGUUUGAUGGCUCGAGAUAAGUGAGUUAAUCCUUGUGGAAUUCUGCUGGAUGUUUUGAUCUAUACUGAGAUGGGUGUAAAACUCAUGCUACCUGCUUUACUGAUAUUGAUCUAUACCAGUGAUGUUAUUGCACAAUUUAACAGUUCGAAGUUCCAAAACAAAGUUAAAAUCAUUUCAUCUGCCCACUGUAGGUGUGUGCAUGAGCUUAACUCAUAAAGGGAUUGAGUGGGACAUAUUGAUCUGGGAGUUGAUCAAGCUAUCUUUUCUGCUUUUGAUUUUCACUUUUACCCCCAAAGACAAAAUGGAAGUGAUUUUAGAGUCUACCCAGUGUCCCCAUGCACACAGGGCAAGUUAUCUACACAUUACCAAUUUGAAAAGGAUGAAUAUCGUAGACUGAAAAUCCCUUUGCAGAUUUGGUGGGGUAUGGCUAUAACAUCAAAGCUGAACCUGAAAUUGUGUUGUCCAAAGUAUCAUGGUAAGUGCUGGGUUAUCUAUCCUGCUGGUGGUAUAGUGGGUAGUGCAAAUUGAUGCCAACAUUCUGCUGCAGAUACACAGAUUGAUAAUUCACUCUAAUGCAUAAACUGCUCUGUAUUGGUGUCAACUCCGAAAACUGUGCUGUCAAACUUUCCCAAAUAUUUUUGUUCUAGAGAACCAACAGUUAGUAAUUGAAUAUGAUAUAAUAGGAAAUGUUUUUUCAACAAGGUUAAUUGACCAUAGAAUCAAGAAAAAAAUGUUUAUUUAUUUGACAAUAUGAAGUUGAAAAUGGGUUUGUACAACUCUAUUCUUUUCUACCCUUUCUUGCUUUUUCAUGAGAAAAUUAACUUAAUCUCUGGUUGGCAAAAGUAUUAUGAUUGGCAGGAAAAAAAGAGGGCUUUUCAUUGUAUUGAAUCCUGGAUGUUAUGUAUGAUAUACAUAUUAUAAAUAUACAUGUACCCUGAUAUGUGUUUCCCCCUUUUCACCAAAGCUAGUUUCAGAAUGUGUAAGUGCUUGAUAUUUUCAUAUUCAUGAUUUCAUUAAUGGAUGUAACCAUAUCCAAUUGAAAAUACAUGUAUAUUAAAGGACUGUCUUUGAAGAUUUGAAAAAUAAAAAAUGUCUCAUACAAAACAUGAACAUGGUCUAUUUAAAUGAGCAUCAGACAAUGCUUUGUCACAUUCAUGUGUACAUUUACAUGGAGUCGAAAAGUUUACAGCACAUCUAUCCAUUUAAGUGUGUCAACAAAAUGUCACAGGACCAUGCAAAGCUAAAAAGCUUCUUUUUUUUUAUCCUGAAACCCGCAUUGUUCCCUAUCCUGUGUAAUAUACAUUAUUUGUGACGAGGGGAGCAUUUCAUAAAGCCGUUCGUCAGUAAUUUUGACCGAUAAUAAUAGUUUUUGUGUUUUACGCAUUACUGAGAUCCUUGCAUUUGAAACUUUCAAUAAUAACACUGACAAGUCACUUCAUGCUGUGCUCCCUUGAUGAGUGAAAACUGUGGUUCCAGAAGGUACAACCUCUAACUUUUUUUUACUUUAGAAAAUGGUUGAAGUACCUUAUGGCACUAACGCUCUUCGUAUGUGAGAUACAUUUUGUAAUCUUCAUGAAUGUCAUGCUGAUAUGGAAAAUGUUUUGGAUCGCUUUGUAUUGCAAAAUCCUUAUCUUGUGUUUAUUGCAACAUUCAAAUGAAACAAUUCAUGUUCGCAGAUGGAUCUGUCUUCAGCAAGCGCUUUUCCGUGAAUGAUUAUUUGUUUACCAUGAAGCAUUGAGAAUCUUACACAGACAAACUUAUAUCCAGUCACGUGAUAUUGUAUAUUCAUAUGUGAUUAUACACAAUAAUUCUAUUUCACUUUUCGUAUGAAAAAUAAAGCCAUUAAAUGUA